UUGGCCUUUUUACUCCUACCAUUUUUGGGGACUUUCUCUUGAGUCGUUAUCUCUCACACGGAGCAUCUGGAUGGCUUCAUAAAUUGGGAGCAGUGCCCUUGUUCAUCAUGGGGCGAGAACAGGAAUUGAUCCAGGCUGUGAAAAAUGAGGAUGUACCUGGUGUACAGAAAUUGGUAGCAAAGAUCAAGGUGUCCAAAAGUAAACUCUUGGGAUCAACUAAACGGCUGAAUGUGAACUACCAGGAUGUGGAUGGGUUUUCAGCUUUGCACCAUGCAGCCUUGGUUGGAAGCCUGGAACUUAUCUCCCUGUUGCUGGAGGCACAGGCCGUUGUGGAUAUUAAGGACACAAACGGAAUGCGCCCUUUACACUAUGCUGCCUGGCAAGGGAAAGUGGAGCCCGUGCGCCUCCUGCUACGGGCGUCUGCCUCAGUCAAUAUGGCAUCAUUGGAUGGACAGGUCCCACUGCACCUGUCUGCCCAGUAUGGCCACUAUGAAGUGUCAGAGAUGUUGCUUCAGCACCAAUCCAACCCGUGUCUUAUAAAUAAGGCUAAGAAAACCCCCUUGGACUUGGCUUGUGAGUUUGGGAGGCUGAAGGUAGCCCAGUUGCUUCUAAACAGCCAUAUGUGUGUGGCUCUUCUUGAGGGACAAUUCAAAGACACAAGUGACCCCAACUACACUACACCUCUACACCUGGCAGCCAAGAAUGGGCACAAGGAGAUUAUCAGACAACUCCUGAAAGCGGGAAUUGAGAUCAACAGGCAGACAAAAACAGGCACUGCCUUGCAUGAAGCUGCCCUGUAUGGCAAGACAGAAGUGGUGCGCCUCCUGCUGCAGGGGGGCAUUGAUGUCAACAUUCGCAACACCUACAACCAGACAGCCUUGGAUAUUGUGAACCAGUUCACCACUUCACAUGCCAGCAAGGACAUCAAGCAGCUCUUACGAGAGGCAUCAGGAAUCUUGAAGGUCCGUGCUUUAAAGGAUUUCUGGAAUCUGCACGAUCCAACAGCUCUCAACAUCCGUGCUGGAGAUGUCAUUACGGUCCUGGAGCAGCAUGCAGACGGACGGUGGAAGGGCCAUAUCCACGAUGCUCAGAAAGGCACUGACCGAGUUGGCUAUUUUCCUCCAUCCAUUGUAGAAGUAAUCAGCAAGCGGACAGGCCUGACUCUUUCCCGCACGGUGUCCACACAUCAGUGCCAGAGCCAUGCAAAGGGACUGCAGGUUACCACCACAGCCACCCCUCCUGGUGGGCUACAACUACAUACCGACGCCUCUCCGCCACAGGCACCUCUCAGCCUCCCUGCAGGUUGGGGCCACCUCACUCUGACUAGGACAGCUCCAGCACCUGAGAGCCCAGCAGGUGAUAGAAACAGUGUGGGCAGCGAAGGCAGCAUUGGCAGUAUCCGAAGCGCUGGUAGUGGUCAAAGUACGGAGGGUACCAAUGGACAAUUCGUGGGACUCCUUAUUGAGAAUGUAAAGCCACUUUUGCCUGGUGGGGAGGAUCUGCAGCAACAUGUCCUGAGUUCAAAUUCUCACAAUGGCCAAACCAGCUCCUUGGGGACACAAGUGCAUCAGAAUUUCUCCAAUGACAGGAUCUUCUCCCACCAAUAUUUACGCCCAGAGCAGCUCCUGGAAGGGAAGGAUGCUGCAGCCAUUUACAAUUGGCUAUGCGAAUUCCAGCUGGAGUGUUAUACGGGCAACUUUCUGAAUGCAGGUUAUGAUGUGCCAACAAUCAGCCGCAUGACUCCAGAGGAUCUCACAGCAAUUGGGGUAACCAAACCAGGCCACAGGAAGAAAAUUUCGACAGAGAUUGGACAGCUCAGCAUUUCUGAAUGGCUCCCAAAUUAUAUUCCUGAUGACUUGAUGGAAUGGUUGAGUGCUAUUGGUCUACCACAGUACCACAAAAAGUUGGUGAGCAACGGUUAUGACUCCAUCAACAUUGUGACCGAUCUGACUUGGGAGGAUUUGCAAGAGAUUGGCAUCAACAAACUUGGCCACCAAAAGAAGAUCAUGCUGGCUGUCAAGAGAUUGACUGAUCUUUGUAAAAGUCAGAGCCAGGCUGAAGUCAACACUCUUAGGCGCAAGAUCCCUGGUACCUUGGAAAUAGUCACCAUUGAGACCGUGGAGAAUGGGGAGUGCCAUUCUCCUCUCACCCCCAAAAUGACCACUUUUCAGGACAGUGAGCUGAGCCAUGAGCUCCAGACAGCCAUGUCCAACAGCUGCCAAGAGACAUUGACCAUCAAGAGUACCCAAGGCAUGUCACGGAGCCAAGAGAGCAUUGGUGCACGUUCUAGAGGAUCAGGACAUUCCCAGGAGAACAUGCUGUCCCAAAGCACGUCCUCUAGCCAUUCUGAGGAGAGUUUGGGUAGUGGCGAAGGGAGCAGCGGGAGCAGUGGAGGGCAUUCUUUCACCCAGCCCCAUCCUGCGGAGAACUCUGCCAGUACCCAGGGUCGACCCAGCCCAGACCACUAUGGGAAAUUCAUUCCAUUGCUCAAUGGACCAGAUGGAACCAGUGGCUAUUCUAGCAGUUGUGUGGGAAGUCCCCUAAAGGAGAGAAAUCUGCCCGAGGGGAUGGAUCACUACCAGAGACCAAGUGCUUCACCAGAGCCAUCAAGCCCCCUACCAGUCCCCUCCCCCUGCACAUUGCCCCAUGCUGCCAGCAAGGGAACAGCCCCAUAUGUCUUCAUGUAUCCCCACAUAUCACUGAAGGCCCAGUCAGCUCCUCCACCUUCCAUGCCUGAACAGGCCAAGGCAUCUACCCAUUUGUCUGUCCAGAGGACCACCCUCCAGUCAACUGCCCAGAAAGCUUUCUCCUACCUUCAUUCCCACUGCGGCCCUACAGAGCCACCUCAGGUGCCCCCAAAGCCUAGGCCUGAACUGCAAAACGGUGAGGGUUUUAAGCACAAGAAACGCUCACAAAGCUUGAACCGCUAUGCGCUGUCUGAUGGGGAACCUGAUGAAGAAGAACCAGCCAGUAGCUCAGUGGGCUCUUACGCUACCCUAACCAGGCGACCUGGGCGCAGUCAAGUGUCACGCACACAACCACCUUCAGAAGCUAAAGUCUUGCGCAGUCAGUCUUUUGCUAUCCGUGCCCGGAAAAAAGGCCCUCCACCUCCACCUCCUAAACGCCUCAGUUCAGUCUCCAGCCCUUUAGCAGUUGAUGCAGAGUUUGAACAAGGUCAACAGAUGCAGAACGGAUCCUUGGUCUCCAAGGACAAAGGGGAUAAUACUAAUGAUAGAGCUUGCCUGGGGGAAAAUACAGUUGCUAAGCUUGAUAGGCCAAUCUAUGAUGGAAGCCCAGCCCAGCCUCUUCAGUCUUCUCAGAUCCCCAGUUGUGGUCAGGAAGGUGCCAAGAAAGGUGGCCUACACAAUUCAGUUCAGGGAGGCCUUGGUAACACCAAUACCCUAAAUAGUAGAAGUCAAGUUUUGGAAGGCAACACUCCCAGGAGACGAACAUUCAGUGAAUCAGCAGUUACCAUGACAGAGGCGUUGCAGCGUAACCAUGAAGAUAUCCGAUCAGACACUGAGGAAGAUGGUCCAGCUGAGAAGGAUGACUGUGCCAAAUCCCCUUGUUCUUCCCAAAACAGCUCCAGUGAGUGCAUCCCCUUUGCAGAAGAAGGCAACCUAACCAUCAAACAGCGACCAAAGCCUUUGGGGCAGCUCAAAACAGAGGCCCUGGCUCCAGACUCAGACUCUGCUCCUGCUCAGUCCAAUGGGAAAGAGUCUUCAGGGGCUUCAGCAAAAGAAGCCCCAGUGUUGGAAUUCAAUCUCACAGAAUCCGACACGGUCAAGAGGCGGCCCCGGUGCAAAGAGAGGGAACCUCUCCAAAAUGUCCUGAAGGCCUUUGGCAUGGCCACUCCAAGCCCUGGCAUGACCAUCGCCCCGCAGUACGCCCAGGCCCAGACAGUCAGCAUCAGUGGGCCUUCGCUGCACAUGAUGGAACCGCUCCCUACCACAGGCCCGUUGGAGGAUGACAACAUGGCGUUCCAAAUAGUUGAGAUAGAGAAAAGCAUCCUGUCCCUAGAGAAGGGGAUUAGCAAGCUUCCUGUCUCUUUGAAACCAGCCAGUCCAGGGCCACCGCACAGUGAGAGGCCUGGAGGGUCAGCCCAGCUCAGAAUACCGGCCACGGCAACAGACAUGACGGCCAUGCCGACAUCCAUCGCUUCUACCAAGCUGGUAUUUUCAGGACCCAAAACCAUCUAUCAGCAAGUCUUGCCAAACUCUCACCACACAAGUCCCUCCAGAGCAACCCCUGAGACAGUGUCGGAGGUAUCUGGUCCCUAUCCCAUGAAACUGGGCCUCAGCAAUAAGCCUUCCUUAAAUUUUGGGGUGCCCCUUCCACCAAGAGCUUCAAGCAUGUGCCCAGAUAUAACACAGAGCCAGCAGCGUCUGGAACAAACCAGUUCAUCUUUGGCAUCCACACUUGAGGCUGCCGAAAAGGAGAUCCUUGCAGAGGAAGCAGACAGUUGCUAUGGGACAACACACUCAGCCAAGAACAUUCUUGAAGACAUCAGCAACAUGUUCAACGACCUAGCUGAACAGCUGGAUGCCAUGUUGGACUGAGCGCCAGUUUCUCCGCAUGCAUUUAUAGGUUCACGCUUCCAACCUAACAUAUAUAACAGGUGGACAACCUCUGAGAUGAGUCUCACAAUUACUUCUAGUUUCUCCUUCCUGCACUUUAGCAUUUUGCU